AGCAGCAAGCAGGCAGGUCGUGUCUUUCCCGAUGCAGUGGCACUGUUUUUGGCCGAGCAUAUCGACGGCGACGGGUGUUGUCCACCUUUAAAAGGGACAGCGCGUCCCGACUGCGGUUGCAUUAAAUUCACUGCUAGUGCAAAGCCACCCCACCACAGAGCGGGUGGGUGAAAAAGGAUGAGCAGCAGCAGCAGCAGCAGCAGCAGCAGCGACUAAAUUGUUUUCGUGCCGUGGUUGUGUUUUGUUGGAAAAAUAGAGAGCGCAAAGCAAAAAAAGGAAACGGAGCAGAGGAGCAACGAUGACGACGGCAAUGAUGAUGGUGGAUAACUUUGAGUGUGCUGGAUACACGUUCUACUCCAAGUUCGAUUCCGGCAACCUGGGAAAGGUCGAGUUGGUGCGAUGCUGUGAAGGACUCGGAAUCGUGGGCAACACGGUAUCGAGUGGGACGUCUGGUGUUCCCGUUAUCGGUUCGGGGAGCAGUGCCAUCGGGCCGGGCAGUACGAGCGCUUCCGCCAUAGUAGCAGCCACGCUGGGGAUUGGCUUGCAUCAGCAGCAGCAGCAGCAACACCAUGGACUGCUUUCGUCGGUGUCCGGAAGUGGCAGCGCUGCCGCAACGCCCGGUGCCAACGCCGGCGGGUCCCUCGGGAUGCCCAUUCCCUCGCCCACACCGCACGCGACCGAGAACCCGCUGGUGGAGGUGGAGUUCAAUCUGUGGACCCGCCCGGACUGUGCCGGCACGCCGUACGAGAAUCAGAACCGGACCUGGUUCCAUUUCGCGGUGACGGGCGGACGGCCCAACCAAAUCGUAAAGUUUAAUGUGAUGAAUCUAAACAAGCAGGCGAAACUGUUCAGCCAGGGCAUGCACCCGGUCACGAAGGUGGGCCCGAACGGGCGCUGGGAACGGAUCAAAGAUAAGCCAUCGUAUUCGAUUACGAACGAUGUGUUCUUCAUCUCCUUCCUGCACAAGGUGCCAGAGGUGGGCGGUGACACGACGCGGAUCUAUUACGCAUUUACGUUUCCCUUCACCUACACCGAGCUGAUGGACCAGCUGUCCACGUUCGAUCGCAAGUAUGGCCGCCAUCCGUUCGAGCUGCACAAGAUGGCGUACGACAUUUCGCAAAAGUACGACUCACUGCCCGCGACCGCGGCGGAGGAAUCGAAAAACAUCUCCAACCUGGCACCGCACCGCCGGAAAGGGAAGCUGUCGAAGAUGGAGCGCGUCGACCGUACCAGCCCGGAAUCGUUCGACGAAACGGCACGCGACGGGGUCGGCGAAGGUUCGCCGCCGGGCAAGGAAGUGCUGGCGGAGGCGGCCAAAUCGCUGCAAACCGUGCUCGGGCCCGGCGGUGCCGGUGGGAUGGUAAUUGAUGAAAACACCUCCGAAUCGAUGCAGCAGAUUACAAACCUUGUGAACAAGGUGAAAAUAGAGUUACCGCAGGGUGGUGGUGGUGAAAUGAAACAACCCGCACAACAAGCGUCCUCGUCGGCGUCCGCAACGAAAGCAAAGUUACCGUCGUUUCACCAUCAGCUCAACGUGGCAUCGGCGGUGGCGGCCGCCGCCAAUCCCUCCCCGGAGGACGAUCAGAAGGCGGACCCACGGGACGAGAUCUACUACUGCCGCGAGCUGCUGACGCACUCGAUCGAGCACCGCCGCAUCGAGCUGCUCACCAUCAGCUCCUUUCACGGGAUUCAGACGGCGCGCGAGACGCGCCUGCGUAAUCUGUUCCCGGACGAGGCGGCCCAGCGCUGCCACACGUUUAGGGAGAAGAAGAUCGUGUUCAUCUCGUCCCGCGUGCAUCCGGGCGAAACGCCGGCCAGCUUCGUGCUGAACGGGUUUCUCAGCAUGCUGCUGGAUCGGAAGAGCAUCGUCUCGCAGACGCUUCGGCGGAUGUACGUGUUCAAGAUAAUUCCCUUCCUGAACCCGGACGGCGUGUACAACGGGCUGUACCGGUCGGAUACGCGCGGUCACAAUCUCAACCGGGUGUACAUUAGCCCCUGCCACGAGACGCAACCGGCGAUCUAUGCCGCCAGGAAGUUGAUUAGGUACUACCAUCUCGGUGUGGAUGAAGUUGAAUCGUACGAACUGGAAAAGGAAAAGGAGCACGCGCACGGGGAAGGAUCCAAGGAAGCGAUCGGUGUUGUUGAUCCCGAAAGUGCUACACCAGCCGGAGAAGGAUCCGCACCGGUGGACUCAUCGGGAGGCAAUGUGAAAAUGGCACUGAAAAAAGUCAAACGAUUGUCCUCGACCAUGUCGCUCCCAGUGGAUGGAUCGAUUCGGAAGCGCCGCACACCGUCCCUGUCCAGCACGCCGCAGCCCACCGUAAGCGUUGCCAGCGAGCGACGGUCCGUGAUUGCUUUCGUAACGCCUGCCGAACCGGCGGCUAGUUUGUCCAAUCGAGCGAAAAGCACCAUUUCCCCAUCGUCGUCGUCGUCGUCGUCAUCCGCAUCGUGGUCGGAUAAACUGUUGGGCAAAAUUUUACGCCGUCGACGUGCAAAGGCUGGUGCGUCCGGUGCCGCAGUGUCUGCUGGCAGUGGCGCAAAGUUGUCCCCGAUAGCGCAAGCCCUUCCCAAACCUACACUGGUGUUGCCGGCGGUGGCGGAGGAAGAGUCUACAUCCACCGCAGAGGAGCCAGCGUUGUCGGCAGCGAAAUCGUCCCCCUCCUCACCCGAGUUGGUCUCAUCACCGACGGGGUUAACCAAUGCUAACACAACUACUACCGCUUCCGUUGCAUCGUCACCACUCACCGAUGAAUCGGAUUCAGUCGAACAGGACACACCGGCGGCGUCCGAUUCCGGGUUCAGCGAAGCAAGCUCCACCUCGUCCUCGCUGACGUCGAAAGUUGCAUCGAGCGCCGCGCUGCCCACUCAAUCAUCCGCCGAUUCCACUGGCAGCCCGCCCACAGCCGAUUCCACACCGGCAGCCGUGGUUCCGGCAGCCGUCGUGCAGCCGCAAUCGCUCGUUGCCGCUGCUACGACUGCGGCCCAAGUUUUCACCGAGAAACUAAUUCCGGAGCUAAAUCCGAUCGUUAGCGAAGGCACGGCCACCACCGCUAGCAGCAGCAACAACCUUGCACCCGCUACAGUCCGCGGUACUGCUGGAGGCCGAAGCGCUUCUAGCCUGAGCUUGAAAAAAUCAAUCCACUCGGUAACGGCCAAGGUCGACACGGGAAAGGGUGGCAUCGGCAAGAGCGCCCAUCACAAGCAGCACGUGCUGAACAAGCCACAGUUUCUCGGUGCGACCCCCGGCACGCUCAAGUUCAAGGAGUUUCUGGUACAUCCGCAUCACCAUCACCAUCACCAUCAUCACCAUCAUCACCACCAUCACUAUCUGGCGGGGGGAGGAGCAGCGGGUGGAGUAGCUGGCACGGGUGGUGCCAUGUCAGCGGGCGGAAACGCUCAAGGGCAGGUCGUAGCCACACUGCACGGUGGCAAAAUGGCGCUGGGCGCGUUCAAAAAGGGCUCCGCAGGUGGCAAGCAGCAAGCUACGUCCUCCUCCACGUCGUCCUUGAUCGGUGUGGGUGGUGCUGGUCGAGCUUCGGGCAGUGGUGGAACUGUCCUUGGUGAUGGUGGAACCACGGUGGGUGGUAAAAAUCGCCCCCAAACGCCUCAAACCAACGCUGCACAGUACAGCCAUUAUCGAUCGCACCGCAACGAGUACCUUAAUCCGGUGAUGGGCGGCGGUGGCGUUGGCGGUGUGCCGCGCAGCCUGAACAUUAGCCUGGACUUUCUGGCCCAGCUGGACGAGCGGCACGAUCGGGUGGUGUACGAGGACCGUAGCAAUCUGUUCAUGUACAUCGAUCUGCACGGGCACGCCUCGAAGAAGGGCGUGUUCAUGUACGGGAACCAUCUGCCGAGCACGGUCGAAGCGGUCGAGUGCAUGCUGCUGCCGCGGCUGAUGAGCCUCAACUCGCAGCACUUCCAUUUCGAUGCGUGUAAUUUCAGCGAGCGCAACAUGUACUACAAGGGUAAGCGGGACGGUCUGUCGAAGGAAGGAUCGGGACGUGUGGCCGUGUACAAGAGCACCGGUUUGAUCAAGAGCUACACGCUGGAAUGCAACUACAACACUGGCAAGUGCGUCAACAUACUGCCACCCCGGGGCAAGGAGAUUGUGGCCAAAACGACGCACACGCUUGUACCCCCGAAGUAUACGCCGGCCGUAUUCGAGGAGGUUGGGAAAGCCCUCGGACCAUCCAUUUUGGAUCUCACCAACUCGAACCCACUGUCCCGACUGCCGAACUGCGAGUUUCGCACGCUGCAGGGGCUGCGCAACGCGCUGCGGAUCGAAAUCGAGCGCGGCUCGUCGAAGGCACGCGUCACCAAUAAGACCCAGAAGUCCCACACGAAGCGGCUGGCCAAUCAGCUGUCCUGCUCGAUAGACGUAGCGAAGGAAAACGCAAUCCAGUGGGAUCAUUCGCUCGGUGCACCGGUGGUCGGUGUGGCCGGCGGUGCAGGGCAGCAAACGGGUGUCCCCGGCCCGACCGUCGCCGUCGCGAGCAAGAUGGUGGGUGAUCCGGAUGCGGCUACACUGUUACUAGCCGGUGGAGGAGGGGGUGGAUCCAGUGGCGCGUCCGGUGCUACCGGUGCCGGAUCGACGCAACACCCCCGGCAGGUGCUGAAAGCGAGCGGUUCAUCGGUGACGCUUAAAACGACACACGUGGUCGGUGCCGGUGGAGCCGGUGGCAAGAUUUCCCGCAAGGUCGGUGCCUUCGGUAAGCCGAAAAAAUCAAAAGUCCUGUGCGAUGUGAGCGGCACCGGUGGUGGUGUUGGUGUGGGUGGUGGCGUUGUUGGGGCGGUGGGCGCCGGUGGUAAGAAACUCCAGGAGCUAAUGCUCCGCAGCACGAAGGAACAAGUGCCUCGCAAAAAGAUCAAAGUAUCGGCCCAGCAGGCCUCGGAGCUGUGCUUUAAGGGUGGCAUUGGGUCGGGCUCGCUGCCCAACUUCCUCACCGUGGUGCCGGGCACGCUGGCCGACCUUCCGGCACUGGGCGCGGGCAAGAAGGUGAAAUCGGAAAGCAAACUACUGGACGUGAACGAUAUGCAGUGCGAUGAUAGCUUCGAUGCGGCACCGUGCUGUUCGUACACCGGUGGUGGCACUGCGUCACCGGGCACGACGAUCGUUACCACCACGCACGCUGGCAUCUCGAAGCUGAUCUCGACGUACACACAGGCAGCAGCAAGCGAGCUGCACACGACGGUCGGCGGCACCACGGUCACAACGGAAGCGUUGAUUUGCAGCGGUGGUGGUGUUGGCGGUGGUGUCGUUGGUGGCGGCAGCGUUGGUGUCGGUGAUGUGGUCACGGCUUCGUCUUCGAUGGGUCCUUCGAUGGAGAGUGUUGUUGUCGGUGGUGGUGGUGGUGGUGCUGGUAGCAUCGCUAGCGGGAGUGGCUGUAGCAGCAGUGGCGAAGGGAAGGUCGGCACCAAGUUUGGCAAGGGUACGCUCAAGCCUAAGCAAACCAAGCUGGCCAAAUCGACCAAAUCGGGCACCGAUGCCGGCGGUAAGAAGCUGCUAAAGAAGAAACGCUCCCUUAAGACGGACUCGAGCUUGAAGCGAAAGAAGACGCGUGUUAAGCCGGCCCUGACGUAGACGGAGCAACCGAACCGAGUAGGCGGCGUGUGUGGUGUGUGCAAUCAGUGAGAGAGAGGGAGAUGGAGAGAGCGAAUAGAUGUGUGUCUUCCCGUGUAAAAGAAGCAAAUAGGGCGAAUGGGAGAGAGAGAGAGAGAGAGAGAGAGAGAGAGAGAGAGAGAGAGAGAGAGAGAGAGAGAGAGAGAGAGGUUCUUUGAAGAAGAAGAGAUAUUUAUUUGAACGAAUCAGUAUAUAUUUUUUAUGCGCGUGUGUGUGUGUUUGUGUGUGUGCUUCCUCGCUCGACCACCGAACGCAGUUGAACGCAGCCACUGAAAGUGGAAAACGUAAAUUUAGUAUAUUUCUGUUUGUUUAUGUUUCCUUUCUUUCUUUCUCUAUCUUGUUAUACACUUUCUGACCUUUGAACUUUCGUUCCACGUAAAGAAACAAAAAAAAAGUACAACACCGCUUACGCGUCCGUGCCGAUUGAGUGUGUGAUAUUUCUCGUGUAUUAUUUUGAGUGUGUGCGUGAGUGUUUUUUUUAUAAACAAUAAUAAUAUUUUAACUUUAUUUCUUUGUUGCUUUUUAUACACUACUUUUUUGUUUGUUUUGUUAGCCAUGUAAGCAAAGAGAGUGAACCCAUUCUCCUCUUCUGUUCUGUUGUUAGACGGGCGAGACUACGGGCAAGCACUAUACUACAUUUACUAACUCUCCACUACGAUUCGUGGAAGGUGUAGAAGCAAAGUAUGUUUUUUGACUGAUGAAAAUAGGUCGUGACAGAACAGAUAUAGGUCGUUUGCUUGUAGCCACACACACGAACAUCGUAGCUCGUAGCCGCUGGUGGAACGGAUCCAAAAAACAAAACGCUCGCUUUUAAACACCAUGGUUGGAGGAAAAAAGAAAAAUACAAAAAGUGUGCGAGGUGAUAUGCCGUUUGCUUUGUAAGAUUUCGCAUGAUUCAUUUAAUCUUCUCCUUGUUCAUUGAUUCAUUUAAAACAUUACUAUCCUUGUACCUAUAAUUAUAAGCACGUAGGGAGGAGUAGAGCAGAGCCCCAACGAGCAAAAAUGUGCGCACGAAGGAACAGGUUGGCUUGUGCUGCGUACCUGUGAAGCAUUUGCGCGCGGGUUAGUAGUAGAAACACCAUGGAAACGAAGCGUAACAGUGGUAGUAGUGUAGUAAGCAGGCCAGCAGCAUCAAAUCGUAGUAGGUGCGAGUAUGAAAUAAAAACAAACCCACCACCACCACACCACCCCACAAAUACUACACAAAUACAUACACGAAAGUGAAAACGUUUAGAUAGAAAGCAUAUUAGCAAUCAAAGGAAAAAAUAAAACAGUACUCGCAAGAAAUGUAACCCUAACAGUAAUAAUGGCAUUUUAAAAGAGAGAGAGAGAGAGAGAGAGAGAGAGAGAGAGAGAGAGAGAGAGAGAAAG